GAGGCCUCUGUUGCAUCCCCGUUCACUUCAAGAAUAGACAACAUUGAGUGUGUACCAAUGGUGAUUCGGGAAGGACGAGCCUCUCUUGUCACAUCGUUUGGAGUUUUCAAAUACAUGGCCAUGUACAGCAUGAUCCAGUUUGUUUCUGUGUUAAUAUUAUACACAAUCAACUCAAACUUGGGCGAUUGGCAGUACCUGUACUUUGACCUGGUUAUCACUACGACUGUGGCCGUCCUCAUGGGUCGAACGGGGCCUGCAGAAGAGCUUGUGGCACAAAGGCCUGUGGGGAGUCUGAUUAAUGUUUCAAUCCUCGGCAGCCUGCUUUUACAGACCUUGUUGGUUAUACUGAUUCAGGUCCUCACCUACACAGUCACUACUGCUCAGAGCUGGUUUGUUCCUCUAAAUGGCAGUUCUUCUAACAAACUUCCGAACUACGAAAACACUGCUUUAUUCUGUGUAUCUGGGUUCCAGUACCUCAUCCUGGCAACGGUACUUUCCAAGGGUCACCCCUUCCGCAAACCACUCUAUUCUAAUGUGUUGUUCCUGCUUUCUUUGAUUCUGCUGUACACUCUGAUGGUAUUUCUGACACUUUAUCCACUCCAAUUCGUCCGCCAGAUUAUGCAGCUGAUGCUCAUCGCUGAUGUGAAAUUUAAAUUUUUGCUGCUGGGAUUUGUAGCAUUGCACUUUGUCACUUCUCUUCUAUUUGAGAGAUUUAUAGACAGCGGAUUACUAAACCAGUGCUUACGGCCCUUGUGCAAGAAAAAAUACUCCAGAAAACUAUACAAGAGACUUGAGAAAGAACUCUGCCAAAAUUCUGCAUGGCCUCCUCUCGAUGAAGUUAUAUAUGCUGAAUCAGGAAGGGUUGUCCACUUUGAAUAACACAUUCCACAGAAGCAAGCAAAAGGAGUAGGGCCAGUUUAUAACAACAAAAUUUGCUACAGCUACGAAUUUAUGCAUCUGGAAACAAAAUCUGAAACAUGUAGCCCUUCCCCAUAUUCCCUGGGAGGAAAAUGUAUGGUGGGUUUUGAAUGGACCAAGCUGGAAUUUCCCCUUUGAAUACCAUCUCCAGUAUGAAAGAUACAGGGCAUUCUGCCAACUCUAGGCUAAAUCAGCUGUUUUUUGGCAUUCAAAGACUUUUUUUAGCUUCUAAUUUCCCCAUAUUGUGGGAAACUGAAUUCUUAAAAUUGCCUGUAGUAAAUUAUUGCACUAUUUAUUUAUACAUUAUGCUUUGCAAAGAUUUUUAACCAAAAAGUGGUAGGGAAAAUACAGCUUGGGGUCUAACAGUGUGUAUGGAUAGGUAGGUACUUGUUGUUUGAAGGCCUGGAUGGAAGGUUGUAAUUCCAGAUGGGUUAACCCCAUCCAUCUGGGUAUUGAUUCAUAAACUCAUGGAUGAAUGAUGGAAGUUAAUCGUGGAGUGUUUUCCAAGUUUGUAAAAUUUCUCCACUUUAUAUUUCCUCUUCUCUCGUUAUGCAAGUAAAUGCUCAGCAGAGGUAUAGUUCCAUAGGUGCUUGUAGCCUUCACACACUUUAUUAGUAGCCAUUUCACAUUUUUUCUUUUGUGUCCUGGGUUGGGGAAGGGGAUGAAUGUGCUUCUUCACUUGAUCCUCCUAUCACCUAAGAAUUCUCAAAGCAGUUGGAGUGCUUAAUUUUGCUCCCUUCUUCCUGUAGCCCAGGAUUUUGGGGCUAAUUAGUUUCCUAACAUCAGACCAAAGGUUAAACCUGGGUCAAGUAAUUGUAUUUAUUUCUUGAGCUUUUGGGUAAAUGUAUGCCGACUGUACAGAGACAUCUAGAUUCUUAUUAGAGAAGGAUUUAAACUGUAAAAUAGAUGAUAAAUACCAACUCAAAUUAUGUUUAUAACCGGAGAUUACUGCAUUGUGAUUUAGAUGGGAACAAAUUAAUUUUCAUCAAGUUCAAUUAGCUUUAAGCAGUAAUAUCCAAUUUUUUAAAAAAAUAGAUCUCUAAUUCUGGAUUUAAAAUGCUCCUUUUUGUAAAUGUCAGUGUAGCAAACAAAACCAACAAAAAUGUAUCAUUCGUUAAGAAAACGACUUGUUCAAGGACAUGGAUUAGAUGAGGUUCAGUUGGCAAUGAGCAGCUUCACUGGCUUCAUUUUCUACACUCGUCUCUAAUGUUCACAAUAGGAAAGUGAUCAUCAUCAUUGGCAGCACUAAGUGGUGCAAAAGAGAAAAGAAAAACCUGAAAACUAAUGAUCUCCAAAAACAAUCUUGUACUUCAAAAGUGAAUGAUACUCCACUGAUAUUGAAUGUAGCUUUGUGCUGGAAUAUUUUACCUGUCAAAGGUUAACAAAAACUGAAAGAACUGUGGAUGCUGGUCAGGAACCAUCUGUGAAGAAAAAAUCCGAGCUAACAUUUCGGGUCCAGUGACCCUUCCUCAAAUGAUGGUGGCUAGGAAAGUGUUGGUUUAUACUGCAGAAGAUAGGUUGGGGGAAAAGGGGUAAGGAGUAAAUGAUAGGUGAGGAUUGACCCCAAAGAGAGAGAACAACAGUUGGACAAAGCAGUUGAUGAUAAUCUGGCUAGAAGGGUGAAUAACUUAAUGGGAUUGUUAGUGACUAACAAUAGGUAGUGUGUAAUGGCAGGCUGUGUGAUUACAAGGCCUGGUGGAUGGGGUAAGAGUUCAGGCCCUAAAAGCAGAAAAUGAGGUGUUCUAACUUGUGCUGAGCUUCACUAGAACAGUGCAGCAAUCUGGAGAUAGAUGCUGGCCAGGGAACAGGGUGGUGUGUUAAAGUGGCAGGCAGCUGGAAACUCUGUCGUUUUUUGCAGGCAGUCACCCAGUCUACGCUUCAUUUCCCCAAUGUAGAGUGCACCCCAUUGUGAGCAGCAAAUGCAGUAGACGAGACUGUGGAAAGUGUAGGUUAAGUGCAGCUUCACCUGUAAUGGGCCCUGGAUACUGGGGAGGGGGGAAGGUAAAUGGGCAUGUGUUACAACUUUUAGCGGUUGCAGGGGAAGGUGCAGUGGAGAGUAACAGUGUCAAUAUGCCAUGUAGCUGUUACUUUGAGGCUGGUUUUGCAACAGGUAAAUGGCAUCCCACUUUCAGGUUUUGUAUUUCACUUUGGGAACAACUCUGAUCCAUACUCUUUGCUGCAUUUGACCAGUGAAUACAUGUAGAAUGUUUUUUUAUAACAAGGUGGAGAUUUUGUACAGUUUACAGGAUUUUUUUAUAAGUGCUGUUAUAUUUUGUGCCACUUUUACACAGAGCAUGCCUGCCAUGUAAAUGCGUUGUCAAACUGUACAUUAUAUUAUGUAUAAAGAUUUUAUUUCUGUGCUUCA